CCUUAGGAAGAACUUUAAGGGAAGGAAAUUUUAAUGUUUAACUAUAGAUCAACACAUCAUCUUGCAUCUCAUGGGUUCUAUGAAUUUUUAAACUGGUUUGAUGAAAGAGCAUGGUAUCCACUAGGAAGAAUAGUAGGUGGUACUGUUUACCCAGGGUUGAUGAUAACAGCUGGCCUUAUCCAUUGGAUUUUAAAUACAUUGAACAUAACAGUUCAUAUAAGAGACGUAUGUGUGUUCCUUGCACCGACUUUUAGCGGCCUUACAUCUAUAUCUACUUUCCUGCUUACCAGAGAACUUUGGAACCAAGGAGCAGGACUUUUAGCUGCUUGUUUUAUUGCUAUUGUGCCAGGUUACAUUUCUCGCUCAGUAGCUGGCUCCUUUGAUAAUGAAGGCAUUGCUAUUUUUGCACUUCAGUUCACAUACUACUUAUGGGUAAAAUCUGUAAAAACUGGGUCAGUUUUUUGGACGAUGUGCUGCUGCUUAUCAUAUUUCUAUAUGGUCUCUGCUUGGGGUGGUUAUGUGUUUAUCAUCAACCUUAUUCCACUGCAUGUAUUUGUGCUGUUACUGAUGCAGAGAUACAGCAAAAGAGUCUACAUAGCAUAUAGCACUUUCUACAUUGUGGGUUUAAUAUUAUCCAUGCAGAUACCCUUUGUGGGAUUCCAGCCAAUCAGGACAAGUGAACACAUGGCCGCUCAGUCAAUAAACAUAAAAAGGCAGAUUGAUUUCCUCUACAUUUUUUCCUUCCAAGGUUACAUUGCACCAUGGAGUGGCAGGUUUUACUCAUUAUGGGACACUGGGUAUGCAAAAAUACACAUUCCAAUUAUUGCAUCAGUGUCUGAACAUCAACCUACGACUUGGGUGUCUUUCUUCUUUGAUCUACAUAUUCUUGUGUGUACCUUCCCAGCAGGCCUAUGGUUCUGCAUUAAAAAUAUCAACGAUGAAAGAGUAUUUGUUGCUCUGUAUGCAAUCAGUGCUGUCUAUUUUGCUGGAGUGAUGGUGCGGCUGAUGUUGACUUUGACUCCGGUCGUCUGUAUGCUAUCUGCAAUUGCCUUCUCAAAUGUUUUUGAGCACUAUUUGGGGGAUGACAUGAAAAGGGAAAACCCACCUGUGGAAGACAGCAGUGAUGAGGAUGAUAAAAGAAACCCAGGAAAUUUGUAUGAUAAGGCAGGUAAAGUGAGGAAACAUGUAACUGAACAAGAAAAAACUGAAGAGGGAUUAGGUCCUAAUAUAAAAAGCAUUGUCACCAUGUUGAUGCUGAUGCUAUUGAUGAUGUUUGCAGUCCACUGUACUUGGGUCACAAGCAAUGCCUACUCCAGUCCCAGUGUGGUCCUUGCCUCUUAUAAUCAUGAUGGCACGAGGAAUAUCUUAGAUGAUUUUAGAGAAGCUUAUUUUUGGCUAAGGCAAAAUACAGAUGAACAUGCCCGAGUGAUGUCUUGGUGGGAUUAUGGCUAUCAGAUAGCUGGAAUGGCUAAUAGAACUACUUUGGUGGAUAACAACACCUGGAAUAACAGCCACAUAGCACUGGUAGGAAAAGCUAUGUCUUCAAACGAAACAGCAGCCUACAAAAUCAUGAGGAGUCUGGAUGUAGAUUAUGUUUUGGUUAUUUUUGGAGGAGUUAUUGGCUAUUCUGGUGAUGACAUCAACAAGUUUCUCUGGAUGGUUAGGAUAGCUGAAGGGGAACAUCCAAAAGACAUUCGGGAAAGUGACUAUUUUACCCCACAAGGAGAAUUCCGUGUAGACAAAGCAGGAUCCCCCACGUUGUUGAAUUGUCUUAUGUAUAAAAUGUCGUACUACAGAUUUGGAGAAAUGCAGCUGGAUUUUCGUACACCCCCAGGUUUUGAUCGAACACGUAAUGCUGAGAUUGGAAACAAGGACAUUAAAUUCAAACAUUUGGAGGAAGCCUUUACAUCAGAACACUGGCUUGUGAGGAUAUAUAAAGUGAAAGCACCUGAUAACAGGGAGACACUAGACCACAAACCUCGAGUCACCAACAUUUUCCCAAAACAGAAGUAUUUGUCAAAGAAGACUACGAAAAGGAAGCGUGGCUACAUUAAAAAUAAACUAGUUUUUAAGAAAGGCAAGAAACUAUCUAAGAAGACUGUUUAAAUGCACUGUUCGGGUUCCUAACUUGAAGCAGUUGUCCUUGUGAGAACCGGUCUUUGCCUUUAGCUCAUGUCAUGUUUCACAACAGAGGGUACAGAACCAUCACUGGUCCAGAUUAAUGUACAAAAUUUUCUGGCAAUGCCUGAUUUAAAAACUAAAAUUGGCUUAUUGAGAACAGCUAUUUUCUAUUUGUAAUGUGAAGCAAGACAGAGCACUGCUGUAAAUGUCUAACAGCAGGUUUUUUUUAUUGGUACAUAUUAUCCUUCAAAUCUGAGAAUUUGGACUAAUUGCACCAAAGAACCCUCUAAUUUGGUCCCUGGCACAUGCA